AAUUUUCUUAGCGGGAAAUUAAUAAAAAAGUUAUUGUUUUUGAACAUAAUUUAUAGAUUCAAGGAAUGACUACCCAAGCUUUGCACUUACUAACAUCAUUUAAAAACUGCAAAUAUGAAUUUAUUUUUACAAACUUAAACACAAAAAAUUUCCGGCACUACACGUCAGUUACGGGAGUUUUCAGAGCAUAUAUGUCGACAAAAAUCUAUCGUGAAAUAAAAUUACGCGGAGCUUUUAUUCAAUACAAAUCACUUAUAACGUUACCAUCAGAAAUUAUAAGUAGUUCGACUCCUGGCGUUUGGAAUUUGUCGACGGAACAAGGCAAUGUUGGAACAUUUUUAGUGACGAAUAUUCGAAUAGUAUGGUUUGCAGACAUGAAUCAUCAGUUUAACGUCUCCUUACCGUAUUUAGCUAUGGAAAGU